GUUUUUAUUGAUUACAGACAUUGAGAGUUUCUCACAGAUAUAAUGCCUCCUCAGUACUCCCCCAGUCUCCGCUUGAGUCUUCCACUUGUGGCCUUUCUGCUGGAAACAAUCUUUAUCCUACUGUUUGUAUUUUUUGUGAAAAUAGAGCACCAUGAACAGGUUCACACAAAGUUUGACAAAAAGACUUUCAUCCGCUCAUAUGCAGAAUUCCAAGAUGUCCAUGUGAUGAUAUUUAUGGGAUUUGGAUUCUUGGCCACGUUCCUUGUACGAUAUGGUUUUAGUGGAUCAGGUUUUAACAUGUUGGUGGCAGCAAUGUCCAUCCAGUGGGCUAUCUUAAUGAAUGGCUUUCUGCUGCCACAACGCCACCACAGCAGAGAGAUCUAUGUCAAUUUGAAGAGCUUGAUUGAGGCAGAGCUCUGUGCAGCUUCCGCCCUUGUUGCGAUGGGAGCGGUCCAUGGAAAGACAAAUCCGGUCCAGCUUCAGCUAAUGGCCAUGGUGGAGGUCACGGGGUUUGUGGUCAGUCAGUGGAUCCUGAGAACUCUGCUCCAUGCAGAUCCACUGUACAGCUUCAUGCUCCUGCACAUCUUCGGGGCUCUUUUUGGUGUGAUGGUGUCAUGGGUACUGCACAGAGAGGGGAUCAAACCACAGCAUGAAAAAGAGAAAACUGACCAUAGGAGUGGCUUAUUCGCCAUGUUGGGAAUGCUUUUCCUGUGGAUGUUCUGGCCUAGUUUUAACUCGACACUGGUGCAUCACAGGGAAAGAGGGCUUAAGCUUACUGUCAUAUAUGGGACGUAUCUGUCUUUGGCCGUCAGCGUUGUCAUUGCGAUGUCCAUCUCUAUGCUGUUCAGUUCCAAAGGAAAAAUUAACAUGAUGCAUGUUCAGAGCUCCGCCCUGUCUGGUGGUGUUGCCAUUGGAGUUGCCAUGACAGCAGUCCAUGCUCCAUGGGUUGCCAUGACGAUUGGCUUCUGCGCCGCUUUAUUAUCAACCCUGGGAUUUCGAUACAUGAAGGGUCACAUGCUGUUUGCUUUUGAGUGUCAUGACACCUGCGGCGUCAUAAAUGUGCACGCCAUACCAGGAAUUCUAGGAUGGCUCGCUCAUCUACUUCUACAGAUGACCAGUACUGAAAGCACAAUAGCUAUGCAGUUUGCAGUACAUCACAUCUUUGUCCUCCUCAUAACCGUGUGCAUGAGUAUGGUAAUGGGCACGGCCACAGGACUUUUCCUUAAAUGGAGCUUCUGGAGAUCUCAGCAGGACAGGAAGUGCUUUGAUGACCAGGCAUUCUGGGAGUUUCCAAAUUUGGUGGUACAAAAGUGAAGCACAGCAACAGAGGACUCAGGACAUAAAAUCACAAAUGCAAUAAAUACAAAGUGUGCUCGUGUGAGUGAGAGGUUAGAGGUUGCCUAAAUAAACAUUUUACUAUUUAAAAUGUCUUUGAAUGGAAAACAAUAUAUUUUCUAAGAGAUAAGUCAUACUAAACAAGGCCAAGGAAAUUUCCAAGCCUCAGGAAAUUGAUGCAGAUUGAAUUACUUCAGUAGAAGCAGCAAACACAGAGAAGAGUUUGUUUCAGUCAAUGGCAAACUUAUAAAAGACACAAUAACCUAAUGCAAUAUAUAAAACUAACCUCAUAGCAGAGCAGAUUGACUACUCCACAAACUUGUGUUAUUAAAUUUUGUUUGAUGUGAAUAUCGCAAAUAAAGAUUUUCAGAAGAAAGAAUUGAACUUCUGGAAAUAAAACACCAGCUCUGUACAUAUUUACAACAAUUUUAUUUGUUUUAAGCCCACAGCUGGAUAAAGUUUAGCUACAUUUUGUCGAAAAGAGAGACAUGGAUUACAUUAAAAUGUUACAUUCUUUAAGCGUGUAGAAAUCACAAAACCUCUAAUUUAUUAGCGCUGACAGACAAGUCUACUUCUCUGACUGAUGUUGCUUUAUUCUCCCAUAACCAAUGAAAUAAAAAGAAAUUGUGCUUUUUUGAACAUGGACAUUUUUUUUUUAUACAUAUCCCAAUUCCCACAAGCCCAAACUAACACAGAGAGUGAACUUAAAACUCCGAAACACAAAAUAUAUUACCAGAAUUCCCACAAUCAUGGACAACCUGGAAAUUAUCACGAAAUUUUAAAGGUGACAAAUGUAAUUUCUGCAGCAUCAAACACAACGGCAAAAAUAAUAAUGACAUUUCAAACAUUUCCCCUGUCUGACAUAGGCUGGUAAAACAGGUAGUCCCGUGUCAAACUCAUGCCAUUGGAUGAGCCAAUGUAGUUGUGUCCGACCCUGUUGGGCCGUUCAUACAAGCAGAUUACAAUUUUGUUUGGUUAUUCUAAUUGUACAGAAACACUUCACCUUUAAAAUUGUGAUUUUCCAGGCCUGGGAAAGUCAUGGAAAAUAAUAAAAAAGUGUGACGUACAACAAAACUUUGUGUCACUGUGUGGUGAUGUCAGCUCAUCAAAGAUCGAUAAAUUUGGCAAAUUUGAUAGGAGUGUAUUCUCAAAUCUGCACGUUGAUACAUGAAUGAAAGUCUAAACUUAAAGAUAAAGAUACAAAUUUGGUGGCUUACUAAAAAACUCCCAUGCAAAUGAUGCAUUAAAAAUAGCAACACAGUAAAAUUGAAGGACAGGAAACAAAACAAAGGAACAUUUAGCAUAUUUAAGAAAGGGUGUCAACUGAGAACUAUAAAAAGAGUCUGAUAGAGAAAGAGAUUGAGAGAGAGUGCAAAUAAGCAGCAUUAUGUCAGAGAACAGAGGAGUUGGGUGUGGACUGUGGGAUGUGAUUGGAUGAAAUGGAUCUUCAUUGCCAGAGGUCCUCAGUGCGGCCAAACUUAAACACCAGACCAC